AUGUCGCCCACGUACACCAUGUCCGCACACUUGUGCAAGUCCAUCUACGCCUCUUGGCGCGAGACCCGCCGCUCGCCGUCCGACCUGCCCUCGCCCGGCGUCCAGGCCCCCAACAUGACGUCCUACUUUCCUCGCAGCCCGUCCCCCGAGAAGCGAUCCAUGGACAGCGACCGCAGUGACACCGCGCUGCCCAUGACGCGACCCCCUUCAAGCUCCUCCUGGCGAUCCGGGCCCAAAUAG